AUGUCUGCAGCUGUGCGUGGUACUGAGCAUACCAAGACUGAUCAAGAGCUCGCCAUCAACAUCAAGAAAGCUACGAAUGCCGAAGAGAUCUCCCCGAAGCGCAAACAUGUUCGCGCAUGCAUCGUCUAUACAUGGGACCAUAGAUCCUCUGCCGCCUUCUGGUCUGGCAUCAAGGUUCAACCGAUCCUUGCCGAUGAAGUUCAGACGUUCAAGGCACUUAUCACGAUCCACAAAGUGCUCCAAGAAGGCCACCCUAGCGCUCUGAAGGAAGCGAUGGCUAAUCGCGCCUGGAUCGAUAGCUUGAACCGCGGCAUGGGCGGAGGAGGUGAAGGCAUGCGCGGCUACGCACCUCUGAUCCGCGAAUACGUUUACUACCUCCUUGCGAAGCUUUCCUUUCACCACCAACACCCUGAGUUCAACGGAACUUUCGAAUACGAAGAGUACCUGAGUCUCAAGGCUAUCAACGACCCUAAUGAAGGCUAUGAGACCAUCAGCGACCUGAUGGUGCUGCAAGAUAAGAUUGAGCAGUUCCAGAAGCUGAUUUUCUCACACUUCCGCAAUGUUGGAAACAACGAGUGUCGCAUCGCGGCUCUGGUGCCCCUGGUGCAGGAGAGUUACGGAAUUUACAAGUUCAUUACUAGCAUGCUCCGUGCAAUGCACUCAACAACCGGCGACGACGAAGCACUUGAACCACUCCGUGAACGUUACAAUGCACAGCAUUAUCGCUUGGUCAAGUUCUAUUAUGAGUGUUCAAACCUUCGAUAUCUCACUAGCCUUAUCACCAUCCCCAAGCUUCCACAAGACCCCCCCAACCUGCUGGCCGAAGACGAUGACGCUCCUGCCCUUCCAGCCCGUCCGAAACAGGAGAUUGAGCGAAAGCCGUCCCCCUUGCCGGAGCCCAAGAAUGAAGCCCCUGACGAGAUGAAUGAGUUUUGGAAGAGUGAGUUGGAUCGUCAAAACCGAGAAUACGAAGAGCAGCAGCGUAUCCUUGAGCAGCAGCAACAGCAAGCUCUCAUGGCGCAACAACAGGCGCAGCUGCAAGCACAGCGCGAAUUCGAGCAACAGCAACAGCAGCUCAUGGAGCAGCAGCAGCGUGAACAGGAGGCACUUAUGGCGCAACAGGCUCAAUGGCAGACCCAAGGGCGUCUUGCAGAAUUGGAGCGCGAAAACCUCAAUGCACGUGCCCAGUAUGAGCGUGACCAGCUGAUGCUUCAGCAAUACGACCAGCGAGUCAAGGCUCUGGAGGGUGAGCUGUCGCAUAUCCAAAACAGCCUUGGCCAGCAGAUGCACAGCAAGGAUGACCAAAUCAGGGCUCUCCAGGAGCAGGUCAACACAUGGAGGACGAAAUACGAGGCGCUGGCGAAGCUCUAUUCCCAGCUACGGCACGAGCAUCUCGACCUUCUACAGAAAUUCAAGGCAGUUCAACUCAAGGCAGCAAGCGCACAGGAGGCCAUCGAUCGACGAGAGAAGCUCGAGCGUGAGAUCAAGACGAAGAACCUCGAGUUGGCCGACAUGAUCCGUGAGCGUGACCGUGCUCUCCAUGACAAGGAUCGCGCGAGUGGAAGCAGCAAGGAUGAAGUUGAGAAGCUCAAGCGCGAGCUCCGACUUGCUCAAGAUAAAGCCGACAAUCUGGAGCGCAGCAAGGGCAACGAAUUGUCGACAAUGCUUGCCAAGUACAACCGCGAGAUGGCGGAUCUUGAAGAGGCGCUGCGCAACAAGUCGCGCCAGCUGGAGGACGCUCAAAUGAACCUCCGAGAUGGCAGCUCUGAUCUCGAACAGCUUCUCCGAGACAAGGAGGAGGAGCUCGAGGUGUACAAAGCGGGCAUGGACCAGACACUCAUCGAGCUCAACGAGCUCAAGAUGAAUCAGGGCGAUACUGACAAUGCUCUGGAUGGACAGAUUGAUGCACUUAUCAUGUCGAAUCUCGACAAGAUCAAUGACAUUAUCGACUCAGUUCUCCAGGCGGGUGUUGCGCGUGUAGACGAUGCUCUAUACGAGCUGGACUCUAACAUGCAGGCUGGUAACCAGAAUGCAUCACCGUCAUACGUAUUGUCACAAAUCGAGAAGGCAUCAGCCAGUGCUAUGGAGUUUGCUACAUCGUUUAACAAUUUCAUCGCGGACGGUCCUAAUGCGACGCACGCAGAUCUCAUCAAGGCUAUCAACGUGUUCUCUGGUGCCAUUGCUGAUGUUUGCAGCAACACAAAGGGUCUCACUCGUCUGGCUACAGAUGAUAAGAAGACUGAUUCCCUAAUGAACGGGACCCGGCAGCCUGCUAUUUCGGCGGUCCAAUUCCUCCGAGGUCUCCAGAGCUUCAGACUGGAAGGCAUGGACCCCCUGCAGAAGACCGAUGUAGUCAUCAACAGCAACAAUGAUGUCCAAAUGAACCUGCAAAAGCUCAACAAAUUGGUUGAGACGUUCGCCCCAGGCUUCGGACAGCUCGCCAACAAGAAGGGAGACUUGGGCGAUCUCGUCGAUUCAGAACUCAGCAAAGCUGCGGAUGCCAUCGCGGCAGCUGCUGCACGACUGGCCAAGCUCAGGAACAAGCCUCGUGACGGCUACUCAACCUAUGAGCUCAAGGUAAACGAUUCGAUUCUGGAUGCGGCCACGGCGAUCACCAACGCCAUUACGCAACUCAUCCAGGCGGCCACUGUGACACAGCAGGAGAUCGUACAGGCCGGACGUGGAUCGACAUCCAGGACGGCAUUUUACAAGAAGAACAACCGAUGGACGGAAGGUCUCAUUUCUGCUGCCAAGGCUGUGGCGUCGUCGACCAACACUCUGAUUGAGACAGCAGACGGCGUCAUCUCUGGACGUAACAGCCCAGAACAGCUUAUCGUGGCCUCGAACGAUGUGGCUGCCUCCACAGCCCAGCUUGUGGCUGCAAGCAGAGUCAAGGCAGGGUUCAUGUCCAAGAGCCAAGAAAAGCUCGAACAGGCCAGCAAGGCUGUGGGUGCAGCUUGUCGAGCGUUGGUGCGCCAGGUCCAGAGUUUGAUCAAGGAGCGUAGCCAAGAAGAAGACCAGGUGGACUACACCAAUCUUGGCGCGCACGAGUUCAAGGUGCGGGAGAUGGAACAACAAGUCGAGAUCCUCCAAUUGGAGAACGCCUUGGCUUCGGCUCGUCAUCGCUUGGGCGAGAUGCGGAAGAUCUCAUACCAGGAAGAGUGA